AGCGGCUGGCAUUCCAGUGAAGGAAAGGGUGAAGGUAUCUCAGAACUGGAGGCACGGACGCUGCCGGAGGGAGACGGUCUUGAAAUGGAAAUGCAAUUUGAUGCCUUGGAUGGAGCUGGAUGGCGAGUAUCUCUACCUGUCUCAAGCGGAGAGCAUCCAGGCCUACCGUCUCUGUCCAGACCGUGCAGGUUUGCAGCGUCACCCUCAGGCUAUCUUCUCUGGCCACCAGGAGGACGUAUGUCGCUUUGUUCUUGUCAACUCCCACAUCGUCAGUGGAGGGGGAGAUGGAAAUAUUGUCCUUCACAAGAUCCAUGGCUCCUACAGCAUCCAGUUCUCUGCGCAUGAACAGGAGGUGAACUGCGUGGACUUCCAAGGUGGUCUCAUUGUCAGCGGCUCCCGGGACAGAACAGCAAAGGUUUGGUCCCUGUCCGCGGGCAGAGUUGGGCAGUGUCUACAUACAGUGCAGACAGAGGAUCGAGUGUGGUCCAUUGCUAUCAGCCCAUUAUUAAG